AUGAAGACACAAAAUUAUGACUUGAACGCCUUGCGAACUCAAGUUGAAUGUGAAAUCGCAGCAUUCAAUUCAAAUUUUCCAUUUUUUAAAUUGAAAACAAAAAAUGGGGAAAAAUUAUCCCCCAUAGGACUUUUCUAUAGUAUCAGUAUCUUGUUCGUUAAUUUCAAGACCGCAAUAAAAAGCGCCAACUACUCCCUAGAGGAGUACUUAUCCAUGGAAAGAAUUGAUUGUCCUUACGACGUGCAAUGA